AUGGGAUCGUACGGGAGCUCGAUCACGGUGGCCAUCGUGGGUGGAGGACCUGGAGGCCUCGCAACGGCUAUAGCUUUGUCGGGGCUUGCCAACGUCUCCGUCGCUCUUUACGAACAGAAUCCAGAGCCGCGAGAAGUCGGCGCCGGAUUAAGCGUUGGCUCCAAUGGCUGGAAGGUCCUCGAUUUGCUCGGAGCAGCAGAUGAUGUUCAAGGAUGUGUGAAGACUUCUGCCACUCACAGGAAUGGCUACACCGGUGAAGUUUUUCUCCCUGCGCUGGAACGAGAUCUCACACGACGCGAGCCUGGAGGUCGCCCAAGAACAAGAGUUCGCAGGGCUCGACUUCAAUCUGCCCUGCUUUCCAGGGUCCCCUUGGGUGUCAUUCAAUACAAUAAGAAGGUCACUUCGAUACAAGACCUGGGCGAGAAGGCUGUCCAAAUAUCGUUUGAUGACGGGACCGUGGCUGUAGCAGACCUUGUUGUCGGUGCGGACGGUUUCCGUUCGAUUGUACGGCGAACCCUGUUUCCAGAUCAUCAAAUACACUUCCUUGGUACCAGGACCUGGCGUACACUCGCCCCUCUCUCGUCGGUUGCACAUUUAGGGGACAUCGCAACGUCGGGUUCGUGGCACGGAAAGACUGCCCAGGCAUUCUUCUCUGGGGUUGACCAUGAGUCGGAAGAGGAGCUGUUUGAAAUUUCGCUCAGAUCAUCUGACCGGCACGGCUCUCUGGAUCCAGCGGUGAGCUGGGGAGUUCCUGUCACAAACGAGAAGGUCGCAUCCAAGUUCACAAACUUUGACCCAAGAGUGCAGGCGGCAAUCGCAUCGGUCCAGGAAGGUCAGUGGAGAGAGUUCGCCUUGUUCACUGGGCCCUGUCUUGAAGCCAUUACAGCAUGGAAUAAAGUUGCUCUGGUUGGAGAUGCCAGUCACCCACUCUCAGGUGGAUUCGGCACAGGAUCAGCAUUUGCAAUGGAGGAUGCCUGGAUCCUUGCACAGGCUCUCGAAUACGCCUGCGACUCGCCGGAGCCUGUCAAGGAUGCGCUUAAGAUCUUUGAUGGAAUCAGAUCGCCCUACUAUAGACGGAUUUACCAAUGGCGUGAAAGCCAGCCCAGUAUGUCGGCAGCGAAAAAGGCCCUUGCCGAAAACGAGAAUCGACCACUAGACGACAUUCUGAGUGACAGACUCCGUCACUUCAUGCCUGAUAUGGCAGGCCAACUGGACUGGAUCCACAAGAAUGAUAUUGAGCAGGUGUGGAAAGACUUCUUGGAACUACGCACCCGGGAAAUGUCAGUCGAGAAGAUCGAUAUCUGA